AUGAAAACUAAGGAAAAUUUCAAUUUGGACGUUGAGAAUCUUCCAGAAGUCCAUGACAAUCUUCGACACAUUAGUAGUCUCUCAGAUUUGAAGGAUCAAAUCCCCGAAUUUGAUCUUGCACACAAUCGUGAUUUGCGAUUCGAGACCAUCUCAGUUUUUGGGAUGGGAGGCCUUGGCAAGACUACACUAGCAAGACAAAUUUAUCAUGACCCGGAUAUUGCCUCUCACUUCGACAUUCUUGCAUGGGUAACAGUAUCACAAAGAUAUUAUGAACAAGAAGUACUCAGUCGCCUUCCGCAUUCCGUAAGAGACCUCAAUCAUGAAUCAAGCCAAGAAAGCGUAGAAAAAUUAGCCGAGAAUCUAUAUAAAAGUUUGAAGGACAAGAGGUACCUCAUUGUCCUGGACGAUGUGUGGGAUGUAAAGAUCCUGUUAAAAGUCAAAAGUUUGCUUCCACAUGACAGUAAUGGAAGCCGGAUUUUGUUGACAACUCGAGUACCUCCUGUCGCUUAUUAUGCUAAUCCUGAUUACGCUCAUCGUAUGAGAUUUCAAACUCCUCACGAAUGCUGGAAUCUGCUGCAACAUUUGGUGUUUGAUAAAGAAAUGUGUCCUCUUGAAUUGGUGGAAUUAGGUAAGGUGAUUGCAAAGAACUGCAGAGGACUUCCACUUUCACUUACCUUGAUCGGCGGUGUCCUGUACAAAGCCGAGAGGACACGAGAUUACUGGAUUGGUGAAAUCAAAACCUGCUCCAUCCAUGAUGUCUUGAGGAAAUUCUGCCAGAGGGAAACAAUGGAGUAUCUUCAUAAUUGUCUUCGAGAAGUCCAUGGCAAGCUUCGACACAUUAGUACUCUCUCAGAUUUGAAGGAUCAAAUCCCCGAAUUUGAUCUUGCAUACAAUCGUGGUUUUCGUGACAAAGAACACAAUGAUGACUGCAAAAAACUUCUUGGACUUGUGGAUUCACCUGUAAUUGAGGUUCCUUCCGAAGCAGAAGCACAGUCUGCGACACUUUGCAAAGAGAUCGAUAUGAGUUAG